UUCUUAAAAAAAUAACUUGCAAAUACCAUAUUGCCCUAUUGUGAAUGAUGAAUAACCAAAGAAACAAAGCGAUAAGAUAAGCCAUUUUCAAUUUCCACCAUCAUCACCAUGGAAGCCACUGCAACAUUACUCAGCUUUUCUCUUCCAUCCACCAAAACCCAAUCUUUUCAAAUCCUAAACCGACCCAUUAACCCAUUCAACCCACCCACUUCCUUCAAACCAAGACCCAUUUCCAAAACCCACCGUUUUCUCCCUUCCAUCAACGCCGCAAUUUCACGCACAAGGAAGGAAGAAACAGUUGAAACCGUUAAAGAUCAGCUCGAAAACUGUUACCUUCUCGCUGGAAUCAACUACAAAGGUUUGACAGUGAAGCAAUUUCAAGAACUUCGAAAAUCUCUUCCAGAAACAACGAGUCUUUUGGUUGCUAAGAACACUUUGGUGUAUAAAGCACUUGAAGGAACUCAAUGGGAAACGCUGAAACCAUGUAUGAAAGGUAUGAAUGUGUGGUUAUUUGUUCAUACUGAAGAAAUUCCUUCUGCUAUUAAGCCUUAUAGAGAUUUUCAGAAAGAGAGAAAGCUUGAAGAGAAUGAUUUUACUGGUGCUGUUUUUGAAGGAAAAUUUUAUGGUCCUGAUGAGGUUAAGAAACUUGAAACUUUGCCAACACGUGCUGAGAUUUAUGCUAAUUUGUUAGGGUCUUUGAAAAGUCCUUCUUCUGCUUUGGUUACUACUAUUCAAGCACCUGCUAGAGAACUUGUUUUGGUUCUUAAGGCACAUAUUAAGAAGCUUGAAGAACAGGAACAGGGUAGUGCUGUUUAAUAGAUAAGUUUUUUCAAUCUUAUUUGUAUCUUAAUUUUACAAGUUUAUACAUUUAUGAUGUUACAAUGUGGCUUUUGUUUAUUGCAUUUGAGUAAGUAUGUUUAUGUUUAUGUUUAUGUUC